UCCCACCUUACUUAAACUUCACUCCCCCUCGCUUCUCUCUAUCUCUCUCUCUCCAUUUUCUCUCUCAUCAAAGAGCGCACAGGAGCCGCCAUGUCUUCUGAGCAGGAGAAGAAGACGAAGAAGAAGAAGAAGGUCAAAGGCGAUGGAGAAAACCACGAACCAGGUAAGACCGAAACCCCUAAAUACGAUCUCCUUCCAUUUCCAAGCCAAGAACCAGUAGUUUCAGGGGAAGAACAGGCCGAUAAGGAUUACCUCAUAAAACCUCAGAGCUUCACUCCCUCUCUAGACACCUCUCAAUGGCCUAUUCUCCUAAAAAAUUAUGACCGCCUCAAUGUGAGAACAGGCCAUUACACCCCAAUCCCCUCUGGUUUUUCUCCAUUGAAGCGGCCAUUAGAAGAGUACAUUCGUUAUGGCAUCAUAAACCUUGAUAAACCAGCGAACCCAUCUUCUCAUGAGGUGGUGGCAUGGAUAAAACGCAUCCUGAGGGUCUCAAAAACUGGCCAUAGCGGAACUCUCGAUCCCAAGGUCACUGGUUCAUUGAUAGUCUGCAUCGAUAGAGCUACUCGCCUUGUGAAAUCUCAGCAAGGGGCGGGGAAGGAAUAUGUUUGCAUAGCUAGGCUCCAUUCCUCUGUUCCUGAUGUCGCAAAGGUAGCUCGAGCUCUCGAGACCCUCACUGGUGCUCUUUUCCAGCGCCCACCAUUGAUUUCGGCAGUGAAAAGACAGCUUAGGAUUCGAACCAUCUAUGAAAGCAAGCUCCUGGAGUACGACCCAGAUAAGCACCUGGUUGUUUUCUGGGUUUCUUGUGAGGCUGGGACCUAUAUAAGGACUCUCUGCGUUCACUUGGGCCUUGUUUUAGGGGUCGGUGGCCAUAUGCAGGAGCUUCGAAGGGUGAGAUCAGGGAUUUUGGGGGAGAAGGAUAACAUGGUGACUAUGCAUGAUGUAAUGGAUGCUCAAUGGCUCUAUGACAAUUACAGAGAUGAGGCUUAUCUGAGGAGAGUGGUUAUGCCAUUGGAGGUUCUAUUAACCAGUUAUAAGAGAUUAGUUGUGAAGGAUUCGGCUGUAAAUGCCAUUUGUUAUGGAGCAAAGCUUAUGAUUCCUGGUCUUUUGAGGUUUGAGAAUGAUAUUGAGAAUGGGGAAGAGGUGGUCCUUAUGACCACCAAAGGGGAAGCCAUUGCUCUUGGAAUUGCAGAGAUGACCACUGCAGUGAUGGCUACUUGUGACCAUGGGGUGGUGGCUAGGAUUAAGAGGGUGGUUAUGGAUAGAGACACUUACCCGAGGAAAUGGGGUUUGGGUCCUAAGGCCUCAAUGAAGAAGAAGAUGGUUGCUGAGGGUUUUCUUGAUAAGCAUGGGAAGCCCAAUGAGAAGACCCCUGCUGAGUGGUUGAGAAAUGUGGCUCUUCCCGUUGGUGGAGAUUCGAUCAUUGCUAAAAUGGCGGCGGCGAGUGAUGAACCAGCUGAGGUGAGGAAGGAGGCUGAAACGGAAGUGGAAGAGAAGAAAGAGAAGAAGAAGAAAAAGAAAGAUAAGGGGGGAGAGGAGAAUGGUGAUGAUGCUGGUGAUAGGAAGAAGCGAAAACUGGAGGAGAGAGAGAGCCCUGAAGUGCCACUGAAGAAGGCGAAGGUUGAGUCUGAUGGUGAAAUUGAGGUGGAGAAGAGUUCAAAGAAAGAGCAGGUGAAGAAGGCAAAGGAGGAAGAAGUGGGGGAGGAGAAGAUCGAGAAAAGUCAGGAGAAGAAGAAGAAGAAGAAGGAAAAGAAGGGUGAGAAGGAGAAAGAAGAGUCUGGAGGUGAGGAGGCAAAGGCCGAGGAGGAGAAAAAGGAGAAGGAGAAGAAGAAGAAGAAAAGCAAGGAUGCGGGGGAGGAUGGGGGCUUGGCCUCACCUAGUGUUGGCGGGAGCAACGGGGAAUCCGAAAAGAGUGAGAAAAAGAAGAAAGAUAAGAAGAAGAAGAGUAAGAAGCACGGUGAGGACCAAGAACAAUAGUGAGAAAAAUGGCUCCAAUGGACUAUUGUUAUCAUUUUUAAAGAGGGAAUCUUUAAUGUUCCUUUUCAAGGGAUUUGUCUUUUUAUUUAGUUUACUUGUCGUUGAAGGUUUUUUACUCCUUUUGCCAAAAGAUAGCGGCUUUGCUUAUUCGAUGUAUAAGUUGAAUCGUUUGCCCGCUGCAAACUAACAGUCCAGAGCUUUGGUAAAUAUUUUCUGCAGAAUCAGUUUUGCCCAACAUAGUUUUGGGAAUAACAUUAUGUUUUAAUUUCUUUGUUAUGAGCUGCUAUAUAUUGCAAUGCUAAUCUAUAUGAGCUUUAGGUUCGUCCUUGAGGGAUUUCUUUCGGACUUUAGUGAUAAUGAAAUGUUGGCCUUCUGCUUA